AUCCUUGCGAUAAUACUCAAGUAGAGCAAAAUAAUGAGAAAUCUAACAUCGAUGCCAACUUAUACCUUUAUGACGAUGAAUUGGACACCAGACCACACGUAUCAACAUUUAUAUCUUCACUCGCCAAUUAUGAAAACACCAUACCAUCAGCAACUGACCCGGAUUCGAAAACGGCUGCACCUGCAGCUCGAAUGGACUAUGUUAACAGCAAUCUCCAUGUCAGCAAUCGCUACAAAUGGAGUGGUGCCUGCCGGUGGAAGCUAUUUCAUGAUUUCGAGAUCGUUGGGACCAGAAUUCGGUGGCGCGGUGGGAAUGUUAUUUUAUACCGGAACUACGUUGGCAGCUGCUAUGUACAUUGUGGGUGCUGUAGAAAUCGUACUGACUUAUAUGGCGCCGUGGGCAUCAAUAUUUGGCGAUUUCACCAAGGAUCCGGAUGCAAUGUAUAAUAACUUCAGAGUAUACGGAACAUUGCUUUUGCUUAUUAUGGGUUUAAUUGUGUUUUUGGGUGUAAAGUUUGUAAAUAAAUUUGCAGCGGUUGCUUUAGCAUGUGUAAUAUUCUCUAUAAUAGCGGUGUAUAUUGGAAUAUUUGACAAUAUUCACGGAAACGAAAAACUUUAUAUGUGUGUCCUUGGAAAGCGGUUACUUAAAGAUAUUCCCAUAGAUAAUUGUACUAAAAGUGAUACACUCUUGUCGGACCUGUUUUGCAAUGAUAAUGGGUGCGAUGAAUAUUACACAAAUAAUAAUGUUACCAAAGUCAAAGGUAUCAAGGGUCUUGCUAGUGGCGUGUUCUAUGAGAACUUAUUACCAUCAUUUUUGGAAGGUUUCUUCUAAACGAGGCGAACCUACAAGAGCCUUGCUUUUAACAAUUGUUAUAUGUCAGUGCGGCAUAUUAUUGGGUAACGUUGAUCUACUGGCACCUUUAUUAUCUAUGUUUUUCCUUAUGUGUUACGGAUUUGUGAAUCUUGCUUGCGCUGUACAAACUUUGUUGCGAACACCAAACUGGAGGCCACGAUUCAAAUUUUAUCACUGGGGAUUGUCAUUAGUUGGUUUGACUUUGUGCAUAUCAAUAAUGUUUAUGACAUCUUGGUACUUUGCCUUGAUUGCGAUGGGAAUGGCAAUAGUUAUAUAUAAAUAUAUUGAAUAUCGUGGAUUGGAGGCAAUAUCGACAUUUGGUGGAUUGUACAUGAUGGAGGUCUCCUUAUGUUAUUACCUUUUCUGUUGAAACAGCAUCGUACUUGGAGAAACUGCAAAUUGAGAAUUUUUACAGUCGCACAAAUGGAGGAUAAUUCAAUUCAGAUGAAAAAAGACUUAAAAACAUUUCUAUAUCACUUACGAAUUGAGGCCGACGUGGAGGUUGUGGAAAUGAUGAACAGUGAUAUAUCUGCCUAUACAUAUGAGAGAACAUUGAUGAUGGAACAGAGAAACCAAAUGUUGAGGGAACUGCGUUUGAAUAAAAAAGAAAACUCUAAAAUAGUACAGACUCUAGUGGAUUUUAAGGAAGCCACCGGGGAUGAUAAGUUACCUUUGGUUCAGACAAUUGUUGAUCAUCAUCAUGAUGCAACGAAGACCUCUUCAAAAGUUCGGUUUGCAGAUCCAACCGUUAAUGUAGAAGAAAAACAUGAAAACGAGGCCGAUGGGGAUGAAAAAGCUAAGUCAAAAGAGGCUGAAACCGACUCACUAGAUGCAAAAUUGGAUAAUGGAUCCACACUACAUACUGUAGAAAAAGGACAAAGUGAAGACGAAAAGCCUGAAAAAAAUAUUUUAGGCGGAAAUUCGAACACAACCUUGAAACCUGAUGAAAUUAAUGUUCGCCGAAUGCACACGGCAGUUAAGCUAAACGAGGUUAUUGUAAAUAAAUCACAAGAUGCCCAACUUGUCAUAAUGAAUUUACCUGGACCUCCGCGGGAAUCUAAAAUCGACCGUGAAAGCAAUUAUAUGGAAUUUUUAGAGGUACUUACCGAGGGUCUAGAAAAGGUAUUAAUGGUGCGGGGAGGAGGUCGCGAAGUAAUAACAAUAUAUUCUUAAGUCAUAUAUAUUUUAAAUCUUGUAACAUUUUGGUAAACCAGGCAACUACCAAUAUCAAUCAAUUCAUAAUUAUUUUUAGC